ACAUGACAUCAGAUAUAAAGAUAGUACCACUUGGGGCGGGCCAGGAUGUGGGUCGAAGUUGUGUGCUUGUCUCGAUGGGCGGAAAGAAUAUAAUGUUUGAUUGUGGGAUGCAUAUGGGAUAUCAGGACGAGAGAAGGUUCCCAGAUUUCUCCUACAUUUGCCAGCCUGGCGGAGCUACAGAUGUCAUAGAUUGCCUGAUAAUAUCUCACUUUCAUCUCGACCACUGUGGUUCUUUGCCUUAUUUCACCGAGAAAUUUGGGUAUAAUGGCCCUCUUAUCAUGACAGCCCCUACUCGGGCCAUAGCUCCUAUAUUGCUGGAAGAUUACCGGAAAAUAACUGUCGACAGGUACGGAGAGACAGACUUCUUCACGACCCCACAAAUAAAGCAAUGUAUUAAGAAAGUAAGGACGAUAAGGGUUCACGAAACGAUACAAGUCGACAAGGAUAUCAGUGUCAAGUGUUACUACGCAGGUCACGUGUUAGGAGCAGGAAUGUUCCUGGUAAAAGUGGGGAACCAAUCAGUUCUCUACACGGGGGACUACAACAUGACACCAGACCGGCAUUUGGGUUGUGCCUGGGUAGACCGGUGUAAUCCGACUGUUCUUAUUUCUGAGUCCACUUACGCUACCACUAUACGCGACUCCAAGAGAUGUCGUGAACGAGACUUUCUGAAGAAAGUUUACAAUUGUGUCGAGGCUGGUGGGAAAGUGCUGAUUCCAGUAUUUGCUUUGGGUCGAGCUCAGGAACUUUGUAUUCUUGUCGAGGAGUUUUGGGAGAGAAUGAACUUGAAGGUUCCAGUAUUCUUUUGUCACGGUUUGACUGAGAAAGCUACAAAUUACUACAAACUUUUUAUCACGUGGACGAAUGAGAAGAUUAAAUCUUCGUUUGUUAACCGGAACAUGUUCGAUUUCAAGCACAUUUCAGCCUUUGACCGGUCCUACAUGAAUAACCCGGGUCCAAUGGUGGUGUUCGCUACUCCUGGUAUGCUGCAUUCUGGCAUGUCCCUCAGUAUCUUCAAAGCCUGGUGUCACGAAGCUAAGAACAUGAUUAUCAUGCCUGGCUAUUGUGUGGCAGGUACUAUGGGUCACAAACUUCUAAAUGGCUCAAGAAAGGUUGAUACAGAUAAAGGGCCGAUAACUGUCAACAUGACGGUCGAGUAUUUAUCGUUCAGUGCCCACGCUGAUGCAAAAGGAAUUCUCCAACUCAUUAAAAAUUGUCAGCCUAAAAAUGUCGUUUUAGUUCACGGAGAGGAGAGAAAAAUGACAUUUUUAAUGGAAAAAAUAACGGAUCAGUUCGAGAUACCGUCGUUUAAACCCGCUAACGGAGAACAGAUAAACAUUCCUUGUCAGCCCCAAGUCUCCGCUACCAUGUCAAAAGAAACAUUCAAAACAGUGCGUAGUGCUGGGAAUCAGUUUGAAGGAAUGGUGGUUCGGAAGAACAACCAACUCGUCCUCUUAUCAAAAGAGGAAGCAGUCCAGCAGCUCGGUCUUAAACCUCAUACCCUCAAUCUCAACUACAAACUCUGUCUAUCAGGACUAAAUCUAGAAGGUUCCGUGAUCAUGGAGAGACUUCACUCUCAGCUGUCCUCCAUUAUAUCAGACCAGAAAUUAGGUACGUUUAAGCGGCAGCAUGACGGUACACUAAACUUGAAUUCAGUUCACAUCACGUGCCGAACAGAGGGAGGGAGGUCUGUUAUCCAUGUAUCCUGGAAUGUAGAGGAUGAACCCAUUGGCAAGGCUGUGUCAGAAAUUUUAGAGGAGUGUGGCGAGGACCUUAUCACGAACUAAGCUUUAAAUGAAGAUAAUUUAUUGUAAACUUCGCUUUUUAAAAUUUCUUGAUUGCUUAUUUUCAUAGAAUUUUUAUCUUUGCAGAUCAAACUAAAUCUGACACAAAUCUUAUUUAUUUUACCAUCCACUUUAUUCUAAUAUUGAUA